AUGUCGCUGCUCUGCGUGCGCGGUGAGUGCGCCCACGGCGGUGCGGGGCGGAGCGGGCUCUCCCGCGCCUUCUUCCCGCCAGCUUCCCGCGACCUCCUUUCCCGAACUUCACUUCCCGUCUGUGCCUGGGGGACCAAUGCACUGAAACAUUUUAAAAGAGCCAAAUUCCAGGGUUCACCAGAUAAAUUUAACACAUAUGUGACCUUGAAAGUACAGAAUGUGAAGAGCACGACUGUUGCAGUUCGUGGUGACCAGCCUUCCUGGGAACAGGAAUUUAUGUUUGAGAUCAGUCGUCUGGACCUUGGUUUAAGUGUGGAGGUAUGGAACAAAGGACUGAUCUGGGACACAAUGAUGGGGACUGUGUGGAUUGCACUGAAGACUAUUCGUCAGUCGGAUGAGGAAGGGCCUGGGGAAUGGUCCACAUUGGAAGCUGAGACGUUAAUGAAAGAUGAUGAGAUCUGUGGGACUAAAAACCCAACUCCUCAUAAGAUUUUGCUUGAUACAAGAUUUGAGUUGCCUUUUGACAUCCCAGAGGAGGAAGCCAGAUAUUGGACCUACAAAUUGGAGCAGAUUAAUGCUUUGGGAGAUGACAGUGAGGUCACUGGACCUAUUUGGGCUGGGGAGAACAACAGACCUUUGAAGACCCUGAUAGUGCUGUUGAUGACCGAGACAGUGACUAUCGCAGUGAGACCAGCAAUAGCAUCCCUCCUCCUUACCAUACGACUUCCCAGCCCAACGCUUCUGUGCACCAGUUCCCUGUGCCAGUGCACUUGCCGCAACAGCUCUUCCUUCAGGGAAGUUCCCGGGAUUCCUGCAAUGACUCUAUGCAAAGUUACGACCUCGAUUAUCCAGAGCGACAGGCCCUCAGCCCCACCAGCAGCAGUAGGUAUGGCUCCUCCUGCAAUGUGAGUCAAGGAAGCUCCCUGCUGAGUGAAUUAGACCAGUAUCAUGAACAAGAUGACGAGCGGCAGGAGAGGGACUCAGUUCAUUCCUGCCACAGCUCCGGAAGCCUCUUCCGAGAUGGCCAGGCUGGUU